AUUUUUCACGCACUUUCGUUUGGAAAAAAAGAAAGAGAAAAGAAAAAAAGUAGAUUCCAAUGACUCAACAACAACAGGAAGAAAAAGUACAACAUCCUUCAAGAGCUGAUCGCCAAAAGUGCUGGAAGGUCCGUGAUGCAUUCUUUGCAUGUCUAGACCAAUCCAACGUCGUGGACCCUUCUUCUCCAGAAGCUGCUAAUAUCUGUCAGGAUUUGAGAAAAAAUUAUCAUGAUGCAUGCAUGAAGAGCUGGGUCGAAUAUUUCAAUAAACGUCGAGUAUUGGAAGUUGAACAAAAAGAGAUGCUGGAACGUAUGAGAGCACAACACAAGGCUGCGGAAGAUCGUGCUGCUGAAACUGCAAAGGCGAAAACACCAAAGGCAGCAUAAAGCAUAAAGCAUAGGCAUAGGCAUAGGCAUAGAUAUUGUG